UCCCUCAUGAACGGCGUGCGGCGGUAGGCGUCGUACUGUACUACUUCGGCCGCUAUCUUGAAACUACUGUUCGUCUGGAUUCGGAGUUGGAGAAUCAGAUGGAGAAGGUGUUCUGUAAGGAACACGGAUUCCUGUGUUUGCUGAAGACUGGAGUGAAAGAUGGAGCUACUAAGGGAAAGAGUUUCUACGUUUGUUCAAAUCGACAGAAUUCCCCUUGUUCCUUUGUACAGCCUGCUGAUAUUCCUGUAUCUCACUGCCUGGUGCAUGAAGACUCAAUUGUGGAACUUCAGGCGAUUCACAAGAAAUCAGACACUCAGUCAUAUCGAUUAUACUAUCGCUGUGUUAAAGGGAAGGCAGAUAACUUGAAAUGGUGUGGAAAUGUGCCUUGGCAGGAGCGAAAUCCAAAUAUUUCAUCAACUAACAGAGAUGGGAAUCUCGAUGCACGACAGCACCUCCUCUCUGUGAAUCAAGAGCGAAAUCCUUUUAAAAUUCCUGCCAAGAAUCAGAAGCCAUCUUCUUCGUUUGUUCCUACGGGUGGUAGUAGUAAACAAGGUGUAGAGUUUGAAUCAGACAGGGAGCACAAUGAAGAUAUGAGUGAGUCGUUUGCUUUGGGUGGCUCAUCACUAAUGUGCAAUGAUAAAGCAACAAAGAAGCGUCAUGAUGGGUUGAAUGUCAUUGACAAGUUAACCAAUGAGACUGAAAAGCUUCACAUUAAGGACUUUGCGAAGACUCGGAAGGAAACAAGCCGUCACCUUAAGAGUGAUGUUGAAACAAGUAGCAUUGACUCUGCUAAGAUUCAUUGUUCAUCAUGUGAUCCCUUGCCAACUGACAGAGGAAGGUUUUCAAAGCCAUCACGGGGAGCAGAGAGAGAUGAGGUAACACUAGAAUCUGGGAAGUGCAUCCAAAAAGAAUUAUCUAAUCACUUCUCUCAUCAUGAAAACACUGUAGAUUUGCAAAGAGAAUCAGCAAAAGAAAGACAAGCAUCAAGCAGUAAAGGUGAAAGUGAAAAAUCACUUGGCACUCAGCAGUGCAACGUAAAGAAAAUAUCCCAAAAGUCUAAAUUAAUAGAUACUCAGGAAAACCAUUUACAGUGGAAGCAAACAACUAAAGCUGAACAUGAUGCCAAUUCAGUUCUUACUACAAGAAAGCCAGCAAAGGAGGAAAAUGACUCAUGUGAAAUUAAUUCUGAAGCUCCGGCGAGCACUGGGGCAGGAAAGAUCCAUGCCACUUUAAAGCAAAGUAUACCCAGCAGUCAGUCAGUGGAUCCUAAACAAAGCAUAAGCACAAAGAAUUCAAAUACAAGUAAUAAACAGAGACCACUCACAGCCUUUCCUGGAUUUGAAUAUGUAUCGGCAAACAAGGAUGCCAAGAAUAUGACAGCACUGCACAGCCAGCUGGCUAUUCAGCUUAAACAGAAAAAGAAUACUCUGCGAACAGUGAAUGUUGCUGCCCUCCCUGAUAAAGGUCAAAGGUUAAUAAAUCAAGUCAAGGAUCUGGAGGAUGCUCUAAGUGCACUUUGUCUAUCUGCUGCAGAUGAACAGGAGAAAGGAGAAGAAAUGAGGUAUAGACAGAACAAUCCUUUCGAUAAAAGUGAUACCACCUUAAGUAAACCAGUGCUCCAGGAGGAUCCAAGAGGAUCGAGAAUAGCACCACGUUUCAAUGAAGCUUCCUCCCUGGGGUCAAGUCAAUUUUCUAACCAGGUGAAUGGAGCAGAUUCACAGCAACAGAGUGCACACGGUGGACAGAAAAGUCAAGAUCGACUCUUCACCAUUGGAAAAAUGACCAGUGAUGCCAUUGAGCAACUCCACAAAUCAUUGGAGACUUGCCCAGAUGUGUCUGAUGAGGCUGAAGAUCCACAUUAUCUCAAGGUCCCACUGCUAGUUCAUCAGAAACAAGCACUGGCUUGGUUACUGUGGCGGGAGAAGCAAAAACCAUCUGGUGGUAUACUGGCAGAUGACAUGGGAUUAGGGAAGACUCUAACAAUGAUUGCACUCAUCUUAGCACAAUGUUAUAAGGAGAAAAAGAAGAAAGAGAAACAACCAGAGGAGUGGCUCUCUAAAACAGAAAAUCCUCUUGCUGUCUCUAAUGGAACACUCGUUAUUUGUCCGGCAUCUCUAAUCCACCAUUGGAAAAUGGAAAUUGAGCGGCAUGUCUGUAAGAAUAAACUAAGUAUAUACAUGUACCAUGGCUCAAACAGAGAGAAAUCAGCAAAGGUGCUUUCAGAAUUUGAUGUUGUUAUAACGACAUAUAGUCUUGUUGCAAAGGAGAUCCUGGUGAAGAAUGAAAAAGAAAAACGCACAGCCAAAGAUGAAGAGGCAUCUUCUUCAGUUAAACCAAAAUCCUCACAUUCACCUCUACUGAAGAUAGCUUGGUCUCGGAUCAUCCUGGAUGAAGCUCACAACAUUAAAAACCCCCAAGUUCAAACAUCAAUGGCAGCAUGUAAACUCAAAGCUGGAAGUCGCUGGGCAAUCACAGGAACACCAAUACAAAACAACCUCCUGGAUAUGUACUCCUUGCUCAAAUUCCUUCACUGCUCCCCAUUUGAUGAUUUUAAGCUUUGGAAGAAUCAAGUCGAUAAUGGGACUAGGAAGGGUGGUGAGCGCCUCAACAUCAUCACCAAAAGCCUUCUAUUGCGAAGAAAUAAGGACCAGCUUGACUCCAGUGGCAAGCCUCUGGUUGUCUUGCCUCAAAGAUUUAAUCGAAGUCAUCGACUAAAACUAUCAGAGGAUGAGGAGGCAGUUUAUUCUGUCCUGUAUGCUCGCUCCAGGUCAACCUUGCAGUCAUAUCUGAAGAGACAUGAGGGCAAAGACCGUAAAGCUGCUUCAUCCUCCCAGGUAGAUAACCCUUUCAGCAAAGUUAGUCAAGAGUUUCGUAAUGAGUCAGUCAGUGGUGGAAAAGCCACAUCCAGUUCGAGCACUGUCCAUGUCUUAUCAUCACUGCUCAGGCUUCGGCAGUGUUGCUGUCAUCUAUCUCUGUUAAAGACGGCUCUCAGUCAGACUGAAAUGGAAUCUGAAGGUAUCACCCUCUCACUGGAGGAGCAGAUGAAUGCAUUAUCAUUGUUAGAGGCCACAACUUCUGGCACCAAUUCAACUGUGAAAUUAAAUGGAACCAGCUUCAAAGCCAACCUGUUUGAGAGCACCAGAGAGAGCACCAAGAUCUCUGCCCUACUAGAGGAAUUAAAAGUAAUAAGAAGCAGCCCAGAACCCCAGAAAAGUGUAAUCAUUUCUCAGUGGACCAGUAUGCUAAAAGUGGUGGCAGUCCACUUGGAUAAAAUCAACUUGACCCAUGUUACUCUGGAUGGUACUGUGACUCCUAAGUGUCGUAUGGACAUGGUAGAAGAAUUCAACACUAACCCAAAAGGACCUCAGGUCAUGUUGGUCUCCCUCUGUGCUGGUGGUGUGGGUUUGAAUCUUAUUGGAGGCAAUAACCUUUUCCUGUUAGAUAUGCACUGGAACCCUGCACUGGAAGAGCAGGCAUCAGAUCGAAUUUAUCGUGUAGGGCAACGAAAGACUGUCACCGUGCACAGGUUUGUGUGUGAAGGAACUAUUGAAGACAAAAUCUUUGAACUUCAGGAGAAGAAGAAGGAGCUGGCAAAGAAAGUGCUGUCAGGGACUGGAGAAACAUUUACCAAGCUUACUCUUGCUGAUCUUCGAAUCCUUUUCGGCGUCUGAGUCGAUCUAAGUGGAAAAUAAGAUAAUUUUUCAAACUCUAACAUAACAGUCAAAGUACACUCUUAAAAAGAUCCUCAGAAAAUACUACAGGAUUUCUGAAACAUAUCAAAACAUCUGAAUGCUGUUGUAUAAUUAUGACAACAUACAAAAGCUUCAUAUACUAAAGUUAUUUACAUUUGGUAUAUACCGUAUAAUUGUCUCAAAGGUUAAUCCCCAUCCCACAUUUGGUUAGAUGUUGUCUUGAUAAAGGUAAGAUAUGGCAACAAAUUCAUCAUCAAUGUUAUAUUGGUUAUUACCUGCAAAAUACUAAAAUUAGUAAAGUUGUUUUUGUUCUUAGCAUUGGUUAAAAUUCAAGCAGCCAAACUAUUUACUUUUGUAUUCAAAUGAAGUGCCUACUCGUGCAUUGUUAAGGUAAUGAUGAGAAAUAAACUACAGCUCAAAUUACACUUAGGUUAGUGAUUAAGUUGACAUUGUCAAAAAUUUAGUACAAUGUUACAGUUCCAGCUUCUUGCGUGACAGAUGAAACUUAGAUCAAUGCCUAUUCUUGCAUUGAGAGAACAUUCCCUCAUUUAAUCUCAUCUCCAUUCUCCAGGAUUCUAUGAGAAAAGUAAUUUUAAUUUCUCUUGUGUAAACCAAUGUGUCAUUGCACUUCCUUUGCUUUGGCUACUCAGAUGAAAGUGGACCCAUUUACAUUUAAAGUACCAGUUUAUAACCAACAGUUUACACUUGAAAUAGUGAAUUCUACAGUUAUAAUGCACUGUUAGAUCUUUAGUUUAAAUUCAUUCUUCAACAAGUUCUGAGAUCUUGCAGAUCUUGCCAGUGCUCCCACAGAAGCAUAAGUAUGAAACUGGGUAAAAAUGUUGGCUACCCAUGGUAUCGCAUUUGGCCAACUAUAUUUCAGAAGAAAACUUUGUGCAUAGGUAUACAGUAUAACUAGGAUAUUUUUAAAUGUAAUCGUAGGAUUGCAUUUAAAAAUAUUGUCCUAUUCAGUGAUUACCAUGUAAUUUGUUGAAUUAGUUGGAUGUAAUUUUUAUUUUGCCAAAAGGCUUUUCAUUAGCGGUCAGUAAUGCUGCGUAUUCCACAUUGAUGCAUUUCCUGCCUGUUUACAUUUACCUAUUUAUAGAUAAAUGUAGUCUACGUUUAUCAAAAUACAGCUUUUGGGAUAACUUUUGUGGAUUGCAAUAAUAAAGCUCAACAUUUCAUUAUGUAAACAAAUAGAAAAAAAAUUAAAAAUGAGACUAGUAAUUGAAAAGAACUCUCCAAGCAAUAGCUUAUCUUGAAAAAUGAAAUGGAACAUCAUUACACAAAAAAGGAUGUACUAAACUGAUUCUUGGGUUAGUGGGUCAGCUGUUCAAGGGAGAGAUUAAGUUGGGUGAGUUUACUAACAUAGAAACAUAAAAAAAUAGGUGCACGAGUAGGCCAUUCAGCCCUUUGUGCCUGCACCGCCAUUUCGAAUGAUCAUGGCUGAUCAUUCAACUUAGAACCCUGUACCUGCUUUCU